UUAUUUUGGUCUGGCGAUGUGACGUCUUAAGGACGCGUCGCGCUCCUGCAGCUUUUCUGAAAAAGAAAUAUUCCCGGUGAAUGGCUGAGAUCCACGAGACUCUGUUAUAAAGAUGGCGUUUAUUAAAGAGGAGAGUGAAGACGUGAAGAAGAUUGAAGAAACAUUCAGAGUCAAACGUGAAGAUACUGAGGAACAAACAAAGAUGCAGUUUAUUAAAGAAGAGAGUGAAGACAUGCAGAGUCAAGAAGCUUUCAGAGUCGAUCAUAAAGAUACUGAGGAACUAACAGAUCUGGUGGCACUGAAUGAAGCCGAAGAGAAAGAUCUGCAUGAGGAACAUCAUGACUUCACAACUGGAGAAAAAUCUUUCAGUUGCUCAGAGAGGGAAAAGACUUCCUCUCAGAAAAGAGCUGGGAAGACUCUAACUAGAAAAUGUUUCACCUGCCAACAAUGUGGAAAGAUUUUGAGCAAAAAAGAUAACCUUAAAAUCCAUAUGAGAGUUCACACUGGAGAGAAGCCUUUCAUGUGCCAUCAGUGUGGAAAGAGCUUCCCACGAAACGCCAGUCUAGAGAUUCACAUGAGAACUCACACCGGAGAGAAGCCCCAUACCUGCCCUCUCUGUGGGAUGGGCUUCACGUAUAAAGGAACCCUUUACAUCCACAUGAGGGUUCACACUGGAGAGAAACCAUUUGAAUGUGGUCAGUGUGGGAAGCGUUUCCCACAUAAAGCAACCUUUGAUAUUCACAUGAGAAUUCACACCGGAGAGAAGCCGUACACUUGCAAACUCUGUGGAAAAACUGUGAAUCGGAAAGGAAGUCUUGCAGUUCACAUGAGAGUUCACACCGGAGAGAAGCCAUACACCUGUAAUCAGUGUGGAAAAACUAUGACUCAGAAAGGAAAUCUUAUAGCUCACAUGAGAGUUCACACAGGAGAGAAGCCUUACAGCUGUAAUCAGUGUGAAAAAGGUUUUGCACGUAAAGAAUUCCUUCGUAAACACAUGGAGAUUCACUCAAGAGAGAGCUGCUUUAUGUGCCAUCAGUGUGGAAGAAGAUUCACUGACAGGGAACGGUUAAAGAAGCACGUAAUAACUCAUAUCGGACAGAAGCCUUUUAUGUGUCAUCACUGUGGAAAGAGUUGCUCGAGAAAAGCAAACCUGGAGACUCACAUGAGAAUUCACACUGGAGAGAAACCCUUCACAUGCCAACAGUGUGGAAAGAGUUUCAGACAGAGAACAGCUCUUCAGGUUCACAAGAGAGUUCACACCAAAGAGAGGCCUUCUCACGCAUCUUCAGUGCGAGUUUCACAUUUCAAAUAGAUCUGAAGAGUUAUUUGGAAACUCGUUCUGGCGAGAAAUUGGCAUGUUCUGAGUGUGAUAAGAGGUUUAGAAAAAGGAGCGAUUUCUAAACUCAGUCUGGAGAAAGUGUGGGUCUUUGAAAAGCAUUUAAUUCACUUUCAAUAAGUUCAUAAAAAGUCCUAAAUAUAAUAAAUGGUGGGGUUGAGUCUUAAAACUUUUUUGACAUUUUUAAGGCACAAAUAUAGGAGAUGCGUGAAAAGGCAAACCUGUUUUUGAUUGGCUGGAGAUUUUUCUUUAUAUUAAAUGCAAUAAAUAUUAAAUUAACAUUUGAUGGAUUAACUAUCUACUUCCCAACAGAAUAAAAUGUGUGGAAGUUCAGUUAGUUUGUUCUGGAGGAGUGUUGGGAUGAUGGGGUUGAAGGCUGAACUGAAGUCCAUGAACAGGAUCCUCACAUAAGUCCCUGGUCUUGCCAGAUGUUGUGGGAUAUAAUGUGGUGGUGUAACAAAGAAACCUGCAUUGUCUGUUAAGUUGCUUUGAAACACCAUUUACUGUGAAAAGCCUUAUAUAAGUAAAUGUAAACUAUACUGAUUUGAAAUGAAAGAGCUAUUGCAUUGCUGGUUACUGUACCGUUUUGAAGUCAUGGCCCAAUCAGAGGGGCCAUAUCUUAGCUGAUUAUCUUCCAGAUUUAUUAAAUGUUGAUUUGAUGAUG